AUGUCUUACGCUAACGCUGCUUCAUCUUCUGGUCCUACCGGCCACCCUGACCCACUUUCAAAGCCCCAGGAAGUCAAGACUACUGGUAAACCUCAUGGUAACGUUGAAACGGUUGCCGAGGAUAAAUUCAAUCAGAUUAAGAAGAAGGUAAAUGAAGCCAAACCCACCGACGCUCAGGUGGAAGACUUCAAGAAGGAGGUUCAUGAAGCCGAGGAAAGGGGCAAAAACUUCUUGGUGGAAUUGUGGAACCGUGUGGUAUCAUCUGUGACCAGAACUGCUGAUCGGGUCAACAACGAUGCCUACGUGACCAGGGCCAAAUAUGAAUUGCAAAAUCCUGUUGUUGUGGCACAGGUAUUGGCAGGAAUUGGAGGUGCCGUUGCUGGGUACAUUGGGUAUUUGGAGAGACAUCGUAUCCGGUCAGAAAACCGGUUGGUGGUUGCAACACACGGGGCAAUUAUCACAGGAUUGGUUGCGUUGGAUGUUGUGUUGUUUAGAACGUAUUAUCCGCAAUACCGCAAGUAG